CCGCUUCUCCAUCCCAAUGUGCUAAUAAAGAAUUUUCCAAGGAAAAACCUUCCUUUAGCCUAACCAUCUCUCUCCGUGACCAUCCACGCCAAAGCUAGCUCUUCCAUGGAUAUGCCAAUAUCCACUUCUGAUGGGGAGAAAGCUGCAACAGCAGCACCUCACGUGGCAAUCCUCCCGAGCUCCGGUAUGGGCCACUUGACUCCCUUCCUCCGCUUCGCUGCUACUCUUGCAGCGCAAGGCUGCAAAGUCACCUUACUUACCAUCCAACCCACCGUCUCUUCCUCCGAGUCUCUCCACCUCUCCCGCUUCUUCUCCUCAUUCCCACAUAUCCAACCCCUCGAAUUCCACCUCCUCCCUUUCAACCCCUCCACUGCUUCCUCUACCGAUCCCUUCUUCCUCCAUUUCGAAGCCAUUCGUCGCUCCGCUCAUCUUCUCCCCUCUCUCCUCACUUCUUCAACUCCUCCUUUCUCCGCUCUCAUCACCGACAUCACCUUAGCCUCCGCCGUCGCUAAUCUCCCUCUCCCCUUUUCCAAUUACAUCUUCUUCACCUCCUCCGCUUCAAUGUUAUCCUUCUGCGCCUGCUUCCCCACCACAUAUUCUGCCAACGGUGGGGAUUUCCACAUCCCUGGGUUGCCGUCACCGAUCCCAAAUUCGUCCAUUCCUCCACUUCUCCACAUCCCAACGAACCUCUUCACAACCCAGUUCGUAGCGAACGGCCGCGCGCUCGUAGAAACCGACGGCAUCCUAGUCAAUACCUUCGCUGCGCUGGAGCCAGAGACGCUUGCUGCGCUCAACAGCAGCAAAGUAGUACCCGGGCUCCCGCCUGUGAUCGCUGCCGGACCAUUAGAACCUUGUGGGUUUGAGCAAAGCGACAUGAAGCUGCCGUGGCUGGACGAGCAACCGGCUGGGUCGGUGGUGUAUGUGAGCUUUGGAAGCCGGACGGCGCUCUCUGAGGACCAGAUCAAACAGUUGGGAGAUGGGUUAGAGAGGAGUGGGUGUAGGUUCUUGUGGGUGGUGAAGAGCAAGGUGGUUGACAAGGAUGAUCAGGUAGUGGAUUUGGGUGAUUUGGUAGGCAUUGAUUUCUUAGAAAGGGUGAAGGAUAGAGGGUUGGUGGUGAAGAAUUGGGUGGACCAAUGGGAGGUGCUGGGCCAUCCGGCAAUUGCAGGUUUUGUUAGCCAUUGUGGUUGGAAUUCUGUAACGGAGGCCGCGAUGCAAGGAGUGCCAAUCUUAGCUUGGCCCCAAUUCGGGGAUCAGAAGAUUAAUGCUGAGGUUGUAGAGAGGAAUGGAUUGGGAAUUUGGGUGAAGGAAUGGGGUUGGGGUAGAGAGAUGGUGGUGAUGGGAGAUGAGAUUGGCCGCCGUGUGAAGGAGCUGGUGACGGAUGCGGGAUUAAAGGCCAGUGCGGCUCGCAUUGGAGAGAAGUCCAGGCAGGCUGUUGGCGUCCAGGGGACUAGGGGUAAGGCACUUGCUGAAUGGAUAGAGAUGUGGAGUCACAGGUUGAGUGCUGCAGGAGCUGCUUUGUGAUGCUACUAUCGUUACAAUGGUUGGACCAGAUUUCAUGUAGGAGUGGGAAUCAUGGUUUAGUGGAUGGGUGGGCCAUGAGCCCAGAAUUCUCACAUUGGAAAAUCAGAGGCAUUGAUUUAUGGGUCUUUUUCUUUUGGUUUUCUUUGUUGGUUGAAUAUUUAUUGUUGCUUUCUUUUCCGUUUUAUCUAAGGAGACUCUCGUAUCACUGUGGGUUAGACUAACAUGAGUUGUUCUUCAGGCA